AUCUGGCAAUCUUUACUGUGUGUUAAGUAAUAAUAAAAGUAAGGCCUAGUUUUCGUGUCUGUAAAUGUCAUGAUCGCCGGCUGUUAGGCUAGUUAAUAGAUCUAGAAUCUAGUGCUAGAUCUAGUCUAGUUAUACAUAAUACAUAAAGGUCUAGCAAAUAAUUCGUCUACCUUAGCAACAUUGAACUGUCUAACCCAGGCUUAAAGGCUACUAGCAAACGAAACAGCUAAAAUGUCAACGGCAUCGUUUUUUCACAAAUUGCGUCCUCACACUUCUCUCCACUCAAUGUCUGGUGUAGCUGGACCAAAAUAUUGGCUAAAUGCCAUUAUACGCCAGAUAAGUACUUCAGGGAAAGCUCCUAAGACUGGUAUUAUGAUGAUGAAUCUUGGUGGCCCAGAAAACCAACAGGAAGUUCAUGAUUUUCUGCUUCGUUUAUUUAUGGAUAAAGAUCUAAUUCCACUUCCAGCCCAGUCUCAAUUAGCUCCUAUGAUUGCAAAAAGAAGAACACCACGUAUUCAGGCACAGUAUGCCAAGAUAGGUGGGGGCUCCCCAAUAAAGCGUUGGACUCAGUUACAAGGUCAAGGCAUGGUCGAAAUUCUUGAUAAAAUAAGCCCAGCUUCAGCACCUCAUAAGUUUUACAUUGGUUUUCGAUAUGCUAACCCAUUAACUGAAGAUACUAUAGAACAAAUGACUGAAGAUGGUAUUCAACAUGCCAUUGCUUUUACACAAUAUCCACAGUAUAGCUGUUCCACUACAGGAAGUAGCCUCAAUGCUAUUUAUAGAUACUACAAUAAAAAAGGCAAUCCUGGAAAUAUGGUUUGGAGUGUUAUUGACAGAUGGCCUACGCAUUCUGGUUUAGUACAAGCAUUUGUUGAGAAUAUUAAGGCUGAAAUCAAACGUUUUCCACAAGAAGAUCAAGAUGAUGUAGUAAUUCUGUUCUCUGCCCACUCUCUUCCAAUGAAAGUAGUAAAUCGAGGAGACCCUUAUCCAACUGAAGUUGCAGCUACUGUGCAAAAAGUAAUGGAAGAGCUGGGCAAUAGCCAUGCUUAUCGCCUGGUGUGGCAAUCAAAGGUAGGACCUUUGCAGUGGUUGAGUCCACAGACAGAUGAUGCCAUCAAAGGCUUAGUGAACAAGGGAAGAAAGAAUAUUCUGCUGGUACCUAUUGCAUUUACCUCAGAUCAUAUUGAGACACUAUUUGAACUUGAUCUGGAAUAUUCCCAUGAAUUAGCAUCUCAAGUAGGUGUCAAGAAUAUUAGAAGAGCAGCAAGCCUUAAUGAUAGCCCUGUAUUCAUCAAAGCAUUAGCAGAUAUUGUAAAGCAGCACAUUGACUCUCAGUCAUGCUGUUCACCACAGUUAAUGUUGCGUUGUCCAAUGUGUGUUAAUCUCACCUGCGGUCCAGCAAAAGAUUUCUUCCAUAAUCAACAAGACCAACUUGCAGAAUAUUUCAACAAUGGUGUUAAAGUAAGCUCCAAAGUCUAAGCAAAAAUUGUUGCUAAGUAAUUAGAACAAGUUCCAGUUAGUUUGCUACUUGUUUUUUUAGUUAUAUUAUCAUUGUCACUAGGAGAUGCAUUUUUUCACUGAUUAACAUUUUUUCACUGAUUAAAAUUAGUUAUAAAAGUUUAUUACUCUUGUUACAAUUGCAUUCUGAUACAUUACUCAGAAUUUAAGUUUUGUUAAGAUCUUUAUAUUUUACUUUUGCAUGACAGUUCUUAAAAUGCAUGGAAUUAAUUUAAUAACUGAUAUUGCUAUUCCUGAUUAAUAUUUUAGUAAGUUUGUAACUGAUUUCAAUCCUUUUGUUUGCUAUUAUUUCAUAUUUGCUGUUACUUUUAUGGUUGUGGUUUUUUAGAUUUUAUUUUCAAACUACCAUUUACCAUCCUACAGUUAUUGGAUAUUUUAGUCUUGGCUUGUGUUUGACCUAUUAAUAGAAUAAAUAGAUAUAUCAAUUUAGAUUGUAAAUGUUGUAAACAUUAACAUGAAUACCCACAACUCAUACAAUUUACAUCAUGAUGUGGUUAAUGUUUUUAAAAUAGACUAUAUCUAAAAUCCAAACUUACAAGCUUAGUUUAACAAACUAUUUAAAAAGGUGUAGCCUAUUUUUGGUGCCAUAAUUCAUUUUUAAAAAAUAUACUUUUCAUACACAUGGAACAGCACAUGUAGCUAAUUAUUUUGUUUUUAAAUUAUAAUUGCUGUGUUUAUUUAGUAGGGUACCAGAAAUUUUUAAAAAAUCCUAGUCAUGUAGGCUGUGAAAUGUGAAAUUAAGUUUAAAUGGUUAAUGCUGAGUUUGAUAUUUAAAUGGUUUCUAUAAUUUUUUUCUUUGCAUGAAAUAGUUUUGUUUUCGUUAAUGGUUUGGUAUUUUAUUUUUGUGUUGGUACAUGACGAUACAUUAAACAGAAUCAUAUUAUCUUACAUUAGGGAUAACUAUUAUUAUCCAAAGUACAGUGAAUAAUAAAAAUAGAUUCUAGCAGCAUG